GAUGUGGGGAGCAUCUUGUGCGCACCAUACUGGCUAGAGAAUGUUCACAUGCUUUACAAGCUGAAGAUGCUCACCAAGCACUGUUGGAGACUAUGCAAAACAAGUUUAUCAGUUCACCUUUCCUGGCCAAUGAAGAUGGAGUGCUUGGAGGAGUGAUUGUUCUCCGAACUUGCAGAUGUUCUGCAGAGUCUGACUCCUCCCAAGAUAAGCAGACACUUCUAGUGGAAUUUCUGUGGAGCCACACGACAGAGAGCAUGUGUGUUGGAUACAUGUCAGCCCAGGAUGGGAAAGCCAAGACUCACAUUUCAAGACUCCCUCCCGGUGCAGUGGCAGGACAGUCCGUGGCAAUCGAAGGUGGGGUUUGCCGCCUGGAGAGCCCGGUGAACUGACCCUCCAGGCUGAGCAUGAAGCAUCUGAGAGGCAUUUCAGAACCUGAGCUUUUCGGGGUUUUUAACUGAACUUGGAUGUUUUAUCUUCACCAUUUUAUAAUUCCUGUUGCAGCCUCGUGCACCGCUCACGACACUAGUGCUGCCGCGGUUAGCGCUUAGUGACCUAUGCGGGUGUUCGGUGGGUGACGGGACUGAGUGAGCACGUGUAUGUGCGUGUGUAUGUGUGUGUGUGUGCAGUGAGUGUGCUUGCUUCUCCCUUGAUGAAAUAGAAACUCCUUACUGUGUAACCUAAGAUUGGGAAUGACUAAAUCAUCUUCACAAAAUGUGUGCUUUACUGUUUACAAGUAAACCCUAGCGUUGCAGGAAACAUUUUUGAUUUCAUAAAGAGGUACCAGCUGUUGUUGAUGUAAUGUGUCUGAACUGAAGGUAAAUCUACUUGUUUAAAUGAUUUGACAGUGGUAGUGCUCCAUUUAAUAACAGUAAUAAGUGAUACGGUGUUUUAUUUGUUAACCAGUUUAAGUGGAUCCUGUGGUUACUUAAACUGUUAUUCUCAUCCCUCAUAUGGGGCAUUUUUCUUUAACAAAGAAUGGUUUCAGUGAAACAAUCUAGCAGAGAAUUAAGGUCAGAACCUUUUUAAAUAAUAGUCUUAUUGAUAAAGUUUGUACUUCCUUCCUCAAGCUUUUCUAAGCUUAAAUACUGCAUAUCUUCAAGCUAUAUGUACUAUAUUAUGAAAGAAUAUGUAAAGAGAACAUACAGUAAUGCACAGUCCUUAAUUUGUGUAUAAUGGAAUGUUAUUUACAAUGUAACACUGUAAAUAAGAAAGCAAAAUUUAUGGGAA